ACUUCCUCUAUUGCGUGGAUCGUGCAUCCAUCAGCUCGCACAUACAGCAUACCUUGCGUCACAGUGAGAAGGCGGCGCAGCAUUGACAAUCACCGAAAAUUGUCGCAUGACGUAUUUCCCCCAUCAGCUUCAAAUGGAGAUCAGCUGGAGAUGGAGGUUAUCACUGAAGGCCAGAACGUGGUGCUGAAAGGAAUCGAUUGUCCUGAGCCUGUGUACUUUUGCUGCGUUGAACCUCCGUCUUCGAAGUCUAAUCAAGAGUUUGAGCGCGCCUUGAGUGAAAUAGCUGUAGAGGAUCCUUCACUGCGAGUUCGAUAUGAUGGGGAAACUGGUCAGACCGUAGUGGAAACGAUGGGCGAGCUGCAUAUGGAUAUUAUCAAAAAUCGCCUUGUUCGAGACUAUGGUCUCAACGUGUUUGUCGGCCCCCUGCAGAUAGCUUAUCGAGAGAUUGUGGAUGAACCUGUCACGCAUGCAGCUACUGCGCAAGACACAAUGGAAGAGAAGAAACGGGUUCAACUGGAGCUCCCAUCUGAUGCGCCGACUGUUCGUGCAGAUUGGCUCAAAGCCAUAAAUGAAGGCUGUCUGAAUGCUGUCCAUAAUGGACCAAUACUAGGUUUCCCAGUACAAAAUAUUGUAAUUACUUUGAAGGCAAUUACUACCAGUGGAGGACGAGUCAACCCCGCUGUCUUGUCUGCUUGUGCCCAUAAAUGUGUUUCGGAGGCAUUUGAAAAAGCCAGUGCCCAUUUGAUUGAACCGGUCAUGCGACUUGACAUUACAUUGGAAAAAGGCUGUGAAGCACAACCAAUCCUUCACGAGUUGUCCCGGCGACGAGGAGAGGUCCUUGAAUGUUGUGGAACUCAUUGGGGAGCAACAUUGAUAUGUGCUCAUCUUCCGCUUUCGGAAAUGGCUGGUUUUCCUACCACCUUGAGAACACUUUCGUCGGGGCUGGCUUCUCUGCACACUCAAGUGGCUGAUUAUCAGAUCGUUUCUGAGCACGAUCAAGUUGCUAUAAUUAAUAAAAUCAAAGGUGUAAGUAGCUAG